AUGAAGGAGCUCAAAUUGGAGCAAACGAAGGUCACCAUUAGCUUUAGAGGAUCCAAAUUAAGGGAAAGGGACCGAGAAGAUGAUCGGAAACGGCGAGAAUCCAGUGAACGGAUGGGCUGCUGCCGCCGGCUUCCAUGGCGGUUUCCCGGUGCGUCAACAGCUUCCCCGGUGACCAGAGCACACUCCGACGAAGCUCACAUAAUGGGCUGCCAGUCAGUGUGGUCGGUGCAGCUUGGGUGCGCCGGAACACGGCGGAUUCGGCUGGAGAGAGAGAGACGGCUGCCGCCGCUUCCACCACUCGAUCGGGGUGCGUCACCACCUGAUCGGCCACCAAAUUUAGCAGACAAGCUCACCGGCGGCUGGGCUAUGUCUAUGGCCCGGGCGUCUGAGCAAUGGAUUUUAAAUUACAAAAGAGAUUUUCCACCUGUUGAUUAUUCACUGAAGGUAAACUCAUACACUUUGCUUUCGGAGUCAGAGACAGAAAAAUAUGAUACCAAGGUCUUUGAAGCUGGAGGCCAUAAAUGGAGAUUAUCUUUUUACCCAAAUGGAGACUUGAAAAAUAAUGGGAAUGGUUACAUCUCCCUCUAUUUGGAAAUUGUUGAGACAAACACUUAUGCGCUUAAUUGGGAGGUCACCGCUAACUUUAAAUUUCUUGUUUAUGACCAAAUGGAGGACAACUAUUUAACCAUCCAAGUUGCUAAUGGAGUUGUUAGGCGUUUUCAUGCAAUGAAGAAAGAAUGGGGAAUUGCACAGUUACUUCCACUUGAAACGUUUAAAAAUCCUUCUUUAGGAUAUCUCGUUAAUGACUCAUGUGUAUUUGGUGUGGACGUUGGUGUUGUAAACUGUAGUGGAAAUUGGGAAUCUAUAUCCAUGACUAAGCAGCCAAAGAAAGGCACUUACACUUGGAAAAUCGAAAACUUCUGUAGCUUAAAUAAACCUUUUUGCUCUGAAGUGUUUAAUGUCGAAGGAUUAAAUUGGAAGUUAUUGAUUCACCCAAACGGAGACAGUUCUCAUCAUGGUGUCAAGAACAAGUCAUUCUCAUUUUACUUAGAACUGGUAGAUUGGGGAAGUCGUCAAAUGAAGAAAGCAGUUUAUGCAGAAUACAAUCUAAAAGUGUUGCACCAAGUCGAUGAUGAUCAACAUGUUGAACGAAAAGUUAGCCACUGGUUUAAGGACGAUAUUCUCAAUUGGGGUUUUGCAUGGUUUAUGCCUUUGAAGAAUCUCCGUGAUGAGUCUAAAGGAUCAUUGUGAACGAUACUCUCUGUGUCCAAGUUGUCUUCCUUGUUAUUUCUGUGGCUGAUGUUUUUUCAAGUAAAAACAAAGACAAAAUUAAAUAGAUUAUUAGAAAUUCAUCUUGGAAGCCCUCUUAAUUUAUCAAAGAAAGACUAUCCCAACUUUUCAUGGAAUUAAAAAAUUUCUUUCCAUCAGUAAAGCGUUUCCCAAAAGACUUAAAAACCACACCCUCUUGCUGUUCAACUUUUGCUCAUGGUUGUACACAUUGCUUCGGAAACUCUAUUUUGACCAACUAGUAAAGACUUCUAUAUAUUUUCGAAUUUAAUAUAUAUCUUUGUAAUAUGUUCCGAUUUCAUGUUAUUAAUCUAUUGACAUGUUAUGUGUGUUAAAUGUUCUAA